AUGUAUCUAGUCACUUGCUCAAGCACAAUCAAACCAGCCAUACAGGUACUGGAGUUUCUGAACCGGCAUGCAUCUAGUCACUUGCUCAAGCACAAGCAAACCAGCUACACAGGAACACCGGAAAUCACUGUAUGUCAAGAUUUUGAGGAGCAGUCAGCAAGUGUACACCGAUUUUCGACCGUCACAAUGAUGCAGGAAGACAAUUUAACCACCAAUGUGUCCUGUCAGAUUCAUGAUGGCAUAUUGUCACCAUUCUUGCCCAUUGGCUACAUUAUCAUCUGUUGCAUUGGUCUGCUCUGUAACACUGUCACGCUCUACAUAUUUUUCCUUCGGCGACAGACAGACUCUUCCAUGACUGUGUACAUGCGGCACCUUGCCCUAGCGGACACCCUCCUGGUCAUGUGCUUGCCCCUGCGAGUUUACUACCACAACAAAAAAGGUCCCUUCUACUUGUGCAAGGUGGUGGGCAUCUUCUUCUACAUCAACAUGUAUUCCAGCAUCCUGUUUCUCAGCCUCAUCAGUCUUGAUCGCUACUUGAAAAUCAUCAAGUCCGUUUGGGUCCGUCGAAUACAAAAGACAAAGUGGAGCCACAUGGCAAGCUACAUCGUCUGGGUGAUCCUCAUCUCAGGAGUGAUUCCCUUUUUUACAAGCAACAGUCAAAAACAUCCGUGUGACAAGGUUUGCUUCCACUUCCACAGCAAGGGGCCUGUCGGUGGGACCAUUAACCUGACUACAGUGGUGCUCUUCCUUGUUUUUUAUGUAGCCUUUCUUUGUUUUUAUGUGAAGAUCACUAAGAAACUCAAGACUAUGUCCAUGGGUAAUGGUGACCCUAAGGCACAGAGUCGUAAAAAAAGGGUAAUCAUGAAGAUUUUCUUAGUACCGGCCAUUUUUACUUUGU